AUGGCUGAAUGGGAUGAGAUUGGACGUAUACAUAACUCUAAAGCUAUUCUCUCUCACUCUAUAACGGCUUUAGCAUUUGAUCCGUAUCAGGAGCUAUUAUGGACAGGAGACGAUAAGGGUCGAGUAGCUAGUUUUCAUGGUACUGGCAUGCAUCCGUAUACAAGCUUUAGAUCACAUGAUUCGCAAGUAAGGCAAACACUUGUAUGCGAUCGAGGAGUUAUAUCGUUGAGUUCUGGACGAGUGAAGAUGAAUAAUAGAAGAGGAUUGGGGGAAUGGACUAUCAGCAAUGAAGAUACGACGGAUUUACAUUGUAUGACUUAUACAGUAAUGCCAAAUUCUGAGAUUCUUGUAGCUGGAAGGCAGCCUCAAAUGCUAGUAAUUAAUGUUGCCAGAGGGACAAUUGUCAAAAAGGUGGACGCAGAAAGUGAAAUAGUGGUAAUGAGAAAGUCGAAACUUGUCUGUUGUGGUGCAACCACAGGGCAAGUAACUUUGCGAGAUCCAAAGACAUUUAAGAUCGAACAUCGAGUGCAAGCUCAUACUGGUACGAUAUCGGAUAUCGAUACCGUUGGUAAUUUACUGCUGACGUGUGGAUUCUCUGCGAGAAACGGGACAUUUAUAAUAGAUCCACUCGUUAAAGUAUACGAUAUCCGAACUAUGAGACCACUUGCACCUAUUUCGUUUCCGUCCGGACCUUGUUUUUUGAGGAUGCAUCCCAAAUUGUCUACAACUGUGUUUAUAGUAUCGCAUUCGGGACAAUUUCACGUUCUUGAUGUGGUAAAUACGUCUGACAUUCGUUUCUAUCAGGCAAACACAACGAGCUACAUUAAUGCUAUUGACAUAUCAUCAACUGGCGAGAUGUUUGCCUUUGGUGAUGCUGACAACUUUAUACAUUUGUGGGGUGACAGUAAGGAGCCGAAGAUGAACGAGUUCUCUAAUCCAAUUGAACUAAUGUCACCACAAGUUCUACCGCCUUCAGUGCACGUUGGGGAGAAUGAUUCAUUAGCUCUAGUGGGAAUGCCAUAUUACAAAGAACCAUUGCUAUCUGUUUGGCCUUCAAAUAAGAUAUUCGAAGUCGGCAUACCACCACCAAAGAUAGACCAAGACAUAUUAUCAAAUAUGAAGAUGAUAGAUUUCGUGGGCUUUGCACCAAAUGACACCAAUAGACGCCGUAAUGAAGUAGUAAAAUGGUCUAGAAAAGGUCACAAGCCUGGACAACCCAAAUUUCGCUCCGAAAAAGAACGCGAGAUGCAUAUGGGAAGGGGUGUUGGUGCGCAAGAACAAAAUAAGCUCUUCGAUGAAGAAGAGAGAAACAUUACAGGGACCAAAAUGCCAAAGUAUUAUCAACGAGUGGAGAUUCAAUAUAGCCGAUUUGGUGUUGAUGAUUUUGAUUUCGAAUAUUACAACGAAACGCAAUACGGUGGAUUGGAAACUCAUAUUGCAAACUCUUACUGCAAUUCAUUGUUACAAGUACUUUUCUUCACUCCUAUGCUUCGAGAGAUUACCAAAGUUCAUAUAGGUUCAGUCUGUCCAAAGGAAAAUUGCCUAUGCUGUGAAUUGGGAUUCUUGUUCCGUAUGCUAGAGGACGCAAAAGGCAGCAAUUGCCAAGCCACAAAUUUCCUUAAAGCAUUUAGCAAGAUACCACAAGCUUCUGCUUUAAGUCUUUUUGAACCUGAGGAGCCAGAUGAAACCAUCUCUUAUGCUCAACUGAUUCAAAAUUUCAAUCGAUUUAUUCUCGAGCAACUUCAUCAAGAAUGCAAUACCGACAACAACCAACGGCUACUCAAGCACCUUCCAUUGGAUGAAAAAAAUUAUUCUGUUAUACAGCAAGUAUUUGGAAUGCAGAUGGCGCUGGUUAGUCGAUGUCAAUGUCAAAGGGAGACUGAAAGAAUGACCAUACCGUUUGUUGUUGAUUUACAACUGCAAAACAAAAAUAUUAAAGGGAAUACAAAGGGAAAAGAACCGGCCGUAAGAAGGUUCGAGGAUGUUCUAAAUGGAAGUAUAUGUCGAGAGACCCAAACUAAGGCAUGGUGUAAUCAAUGUCAACAAUACCAACCAAGUCUUGUGAAGAAGAUACCAAAGAGUUUGCCCCCAGUACUUGUAAUCAACUGUGGAUUAGGUACCGCGGUACCAAGUGAGCUCUGGCGUUCUCUAGUGAACCAAAAAUCAUGGUUACCAACGAGAAUUACUAUGGAUCUUGAGGGUGAUGACUUGAAGAUUGAAAAAACACUUGAGGGUAAUGACCUGGAAACUAGCACAAAUGGUAGCCCAUGCCAUGCUAAAUAUGAGUUGACGGCAAUAAUUGCGCAGAUUGAACCAGAGAAAGAAACGCCCCAUAUAAUUACCUUUAUACGAAUACCUAAGAAAGAAUUAGAACCAAUGAGUAAAAGUGAAUGGUAUCUAUUUAAUGAUUUUCUUGUCAAGAAUGUUUGUGAACAAGAAAUCCUCAAUUUUCAAGGAUUAUGGAAGGUCCCAGUGCUGCUGUAUUUUACUAGAAUUGAUAUAGACGCUCUUGUCGAUAUAUCAGCACUUCCAAAUGAAGUAGAUCAUUCAAUACUUUUCGAAGAUACUUCAAUAGCCAAAAAACCGAUUGUGCCGGUCCCAAAACUGUUCCAACUUUUGUCGCCAGAAGAAACGCCACAACCAGGAACUCUAGUAGCAAUAGAUGCUGAAUUUAUUGCACUGAGUCAGGAAGAAACCGAGAUUAGAAGUGAUGGCACAAAGUCGGUUAUUCGUCCCAGCAGACUUAGUUUAGCCCGUGUCAGUGUAUUGCGUGGCGAGGGAGAGAAAGAAGGCAUUCCAUUUAUUGAUGAUUAUAUUGCUACAUCGGACCCUGUUGUAGACUACUUGACUGAAUACUCGGGAAUUAAAGCUGGCGACUUGGAUCCUGCCACCUCCAGACAUACUCUAGUACCGCUCAAAGUGGCUUAUAAGAAAUUACGAUUAUUGCUCGAUCUGGGAUGCGUUUUUGUCGGUCACGGACUUAAAAAAGACUUUAGAAUAAUAAAUAUCUUGGUUCCACCAGAACAGGUUAUUGAUACGGUUGAAAUUUUCCAUAUUAAAAAUAGACAGAGAAAGAUUUCUCUUCGUUUCUUGGCUUGGUGUCUCCUCAAUCAAGAUAUUCAGACAGAAUCGCAUGACAGCGUGGAGGAUGCUAGAGCGGCUUUGCUCUUGUACAAGAAGUAUAUACAAUUCAAAGCCGAAGGCAUUUUUGAAGAAAUAUUAGAGGAAAUUUACAAAGAAGGGAAGAAACAUAAUUGGAAACCUACGCCUGGGAUAUUUCCUAAACCGCCAAACGGACCCUCGUCAACCACAUUCUCGCUUUCUUCAAUGACAACACAUUCCUUGUCGACGGGAACCUAUUUAAAUCAUGAUGCUCCACCGACGUCAAUGACUAACAAAUCGGAAGACGGCGAAAGGAUGGAACUGUCUGAUGUAGUAACCUCUCAAAGGACGGCGAUGCCGCCUCCCUGGAGAUCAGAAACUGCUGGAGAGCCUACAAUAAGCACGCCGCCUGCAUCAAAUUCUUCGCAUCGUUCCGAGUUGUCGUUACCGGAUGGAGAGCGGCCAAAAUAUGACUCUUCAGCUGGAACUUCGCCGUUAUUACUACCAACAUUCGACUAG